AUGGAUGACAUUCGAAUCGUUAUUUUCUACUUGGCUGUGCCCAGUAUCCUAUUUUCCAUCCUGCGUAAGAUACCACUAUGGAGAACCAAGAAGAACCGAGAAGUCAAGGGAAUUCCUGGACCUCGACAGUUUCCUGUCGUUGGGAGGGUUCAUGACGUGGAUCGAUUCUGUAUGUGGAAGAAGUUCAAAGAAUGGGCUGAUAUUUAUGGGCCUAUCUAUCGGACCAGUAUGUUGGGCCAACAGUUCAUUAUAAUAUCAGACCAAAACAUCGCCGAAGAGCUUCUCGUUAAAAGAGGUCACGUCUACUCUGGACGUCCUCAGAUAAGAGCCCUCUUUGAUCACAAGACCGGGCCUGGUUAUCUUGCAUUGAUGGACAGACACGACAUCUGGACGCGUCAACGGAAAUGGAUCCAUGCCGCAAUGGCAGACUUCCACCGGCAUCAUUUCUUUGGCGUCAUCGAGGAUGAGGUCAAACGAUAUCUGGCCAUACUCCUUCUGGACCCAGCUAAAUUCCAUGCCAACACACGAGAACACUGUGGUCGUAUCAUGAGCCGGUUGGCUUGGGGUGAUGCUUCGCAGGGUAAGGAAAACGCCGAUAGUGCUGACUGCACCUUAACACAGAUGUCGGUAUCGGGGCCGAUCGUCAAUACUAUGACCCCUCUCUGGGUAAUCCCUUGGGCCCUGAAUCCGUGGAAGAAAUUCGAGAGGGCGCGGGAAGACCAGCAACGAGCAUGGUGGCUCAAUUCUUUCCAGAUUGCGAAACACAAAUUUCUUCGAGGGGACUUGUCUGAAAACACGUGGUCGAACCGGUACUUCGUAGGGCUGCAAAAUCAAGGUAAUCUUGACCUGGAACAAAGUCCAGAGGAGGAAGAAUUCGCAAGUUGCAUGCUGGGAUUCCAGAAUUUAGUGGGCGUCGUGACCAUCAGUGGGCCUCUGCAAUUCUUCUUGAUGGCGAUGUUACUUCACCCAGAAUGGCAGAAGAAGGCGCAAGAGGAAAUCGAUCGGAUAUGCGGUGAUCGCAUGCCAAUAAUAGAUGAUAUGGCAGAUUUGCCUACAGUUCGCGCAUGUCUCAAAGAGACAAUUAGGUGGCGAUCCGGGGUUCCUUUAGGAGUACCCCACCAGGCUGAACAAAACGACGAGUUCCGAGGCGAACGGAUUACGAAAGGGACCGUGAUAUUAGCAUGUGAGUGGAGCAUGAAUCGUGUCCCGGAGCGGUAUCCCGAUCCCGAAGUCUUCCACCCUGAGCGAUAUCUAGAGAAAGGAUGGCCUACUUAUCAAGAACCGCUUUCGCGAUAUCCUAACUUUCGCGAAGGUGCGGGAAUGCACACGUUCGGAUGGGGCCGUCGCGUGUGUCUCGGUCAGCAUAUCGUAGAUGACGAGAUGUUUGUCUCAGGCGCGGGGGUGUUGUGGGCUUUCAAUCUGGUUAGGAAGACGUGUCCCAAGACGGGAGAAGUCAUCGAGUUCGAUAGUGAAGGCACCAAUGCCCACGUAAUCUUGGAGCCGUUGCCAUUCCCAUGCGACUUCCAACCAAGAAGUACUAAGAGGACUGCACAGAUUUUGCUAGGAUAUGCGGACAUAAGGGAUCAAUUGAAGAUAUGA